AUGUCUCAGAAGAGCUUUGAUACUAGGAGUAAUCAAGAGAAGGCUCGAAGUUCUCAAGAUGAGCAUGAAGAUGAUGCAGAAACGGUAGCUCCAUCGAGGGUUUCAUACUCCAGGUCGCAAGGGUCCUUUAUCGUCGACGAAGGUUCUUUGUAUGACGAUGAUGAUGAUGCCUCCACGAUGGUCUCCGGGAAUGUCCAUACUAUGAAACCCGGAAACUCCAGUAAUGCGGGGCAUAGACGAUCUUUGUCCAAUGAGAGGCUACUUUCUACACAGCUGAGCCAAAUGAAUUACAACAAUAACCGAGUUAGUUUGGAUAGGGCCAUUUUACAGGUUCAAGAUCUUUUACAACAAAUUAACGUCGAGAAUGAAGCGCGACCUAUACAUUUACCACGAGACGAGGAAGAUGUCAAUCGUUUACAUGUGUUGAAGUUAAACAUCAAGAUCGAUGGGAAUUACUCUGAAAGGAACGGCUUUAAUUUGGACAAAGAGGCAUCUGCAAAACUUUUCAGUUCACAGAUACGGCUUUCCCUCAAUCAUUUGACGUCGCUGCAGAAGAGAGUCGAUGAUGUUUCUUCAAAAGUGUUCAUUACCGGUGACGUGAACACUGGUAAAUCAAAUUUUUGCAAUUCACUUUUGAAAAGAAGGAUUUUACCGGAGGAUCAACUCCCUUGUACCAAUGUUUUCUGCGAAAUCCUAGAAGCCAGAGACAAUAACAACAUUGAAGAAGUUCAUGCUCUCACGACAGAAAAGGCCCGCACCGUAAAAGGUGCGAUCGACAUCUAUAACAUACGAGACAAAUCCACUUAUGAAAUUCAUUCGUUGCAGGCUUUACCGGAUCUUGUGCAAGAAAGUGAACGCUACGUGCUUUUGAAGAUUUACAUCAAGGAUGACAAACGUCCACCAGAGACCAGUUUACUCAGAAAUGGGACGGUAGAUAUUUCUCUAAUCGACUCGCCGGGACUGAAUAUGGAUUCUGUUCAAACUGCAGAAGUAAUGUCAAGGCAGGAGGAAAUUGAUCUCGUCAUCUUUGUUGUUAACGCAGAAAAUCAACUGACACUAUCGGCUAAGGAUUUCAUUUCACUUGCCUCGAAAGAAAAGAAGUUUAUGUUCUUUGUCGUGAAGAAAUUUGACCGGAUUAGAGAUAAACAAAGGUGUAAGGAGCUUAUCUUGAAACAGAUUCGAAAUUUAUCACCGGAGACACACAAGAGCUCUUCGCAAUUCAUUCACUUCCUAUCUGAUAACGGGGGCGGCCCGGGCGGAGAUCCUUAUGACGAUCCUGAUGAUGAUUUCCCGCCUAACCCAGACUUUGAUCAUUUGGAGAACUCCUUAAGGAACUUCGUUUUAAAGAAGAGAUCGAUCUCGAAGCUACUGCCCGCCAAAACUUACUUAUGCAAGAUUCUCAGCGAUGUUGCGAAGAUUUCACGUUUGAACAUGGAGGUGUAUCAAAAAGAGGAUGACGCUCUUAACGACGAGCUAAGUCAGUUGAGGCCAGAAGUUGCCAAGGUAACGGCUCAUUGUAACGAACUGGCAGAAUCUGCUGACAAGAUCUCGGAAGAAACGGUCGCCAGCGCUCAUCAGUUCACCAGACAGGCCAUAAGAAACUCUCUUGAAGUCCCGUUAAGCGAGUUCCCCAAGUAUCAAGGUAUAUCACAAAUUCAAAAUUUCAUAUUCCAGACAGAACAGUUCAUCAAGGAUCAAGUCAUGAAUGCAAUCGUGGCUAGCGAAACUUAUGCGAAGGGACAAACAGAGCAGUGCGUUGAAGAGAUCAAUGCACUCGGUAAGAACGAGCUAGGUGACGAUUUCAUGUCCAAUCGGUUCUUCAAGAGUGAUUUAAUGUUCAGCAAGAAACGUCAUCUAUCUGUGAAGAGACUAUCAAUCCCAUUAACAGUCACCGAUUUCUUCGCUCCCUCCUGGAGCGGAUUAGUCGAGUACCUAAGUUGCGGAUUCGUGCCUCCCACCCACGGCCAAUUGCCUGAUUUCGAAUCGAAGCCUGACGAGUCCCCCAGUGUUACCAAUGCCCUAGGCUUACGUAACUACUCGGUAACCCAAUAUUGGACUAAACCUUCGCUAGUCUUCACGUCAAAACUGCCCACUCUAGCGUUGUACUCGUUCGGAAGUGUCAAAGUCCUACGGGACGUGGUUCUUCACGGAGUACAGUCCUUUUCCUGGCACACCUUCAAACGUGUUUCAGGAUCUUUGCUGCUACUAGGUGGUUUACUAGGAGCUGUCUACUUGAUUCACGACCUCCCACGCGCAUUGCCACAGAACUUGUCUAUAAAAUACAGAAACACAUUGGAACAAAAAGAGUAUGCCCAUAUCAACGCCGAGAGAGUUUCCAGGGAAGUGCGUGAAGUGCUCAAGAUACCCAUUCGUGAAAUCCUCAAAUCCUGCGAACUAGUUAUCGACAAGAAACAAGCUGUCAAGAAAGAUCUCGAGACGAAACUCGCCAACAAUGCUUUAUCCACCAAAUUUUUCAGGCAGUUACUCGAAAGAGCUACAUCACAAAGAGAGAUCGUCGAGAGAAUCAACCUCGAUGUUGACUGA